AGCUUAAAAAUCCUAAAAAAGUCUCUUUGCAACGAUCACUGCAACCAUGAAUUUGGUUUUGAUGUUCGUUCUCCUGGCAUCAUCUCAGUCCGUCCCCGCUGAAUUCACCUUACCUGAACUUCAGACAGAGACACGGUCACGCUUUGCAGCUCUGGAUGAGGUCCGGCUUUUGGCAAACGGCCUGCUACAGCUCGGCCACAGCCUGCGGGACUUUGUGCAAAACACAAAGAGUCAGAUUAAUGACAUUUUCCAGAAGCUCAACAUCUUUGACAAGACCUUUUACCAGCUUUCUGUGCUAACCAGUGAGAUCAAGGAAGAGGAAGAGGAGCUGAAAAAGACCACGGUGAUCCUGAAGGCAAAUAACGAAGAAAUAAAGACCCAGUCAUUGGAGAUCAGCUCUAAAGUGGAUGAUAUCAUAAAUGAGAGAAACCACCUGAGGAAGCAGGUGGUUGGAUUGGAGGAGAGGUUAAGUGGACUCUCCCAGAGUUUUCUGUCACCUGAUCAGGUUGCAGAAAUCUCUACGCUCAAGGAGGUAAUCCAGGUUCAGGAAAGGAGCAUAAAUGAUCUUCUGAAGACUGUUAAAGAACAAAGUGAACAACUCAACAACCAAAAGACCAAGAUCAAUGGCCUGGAAAAUAAAAUGAGCUCUGCCUGGAUUCAAGAAACUGCCGAAAAUUCGGACAGGAACCUUCAAACGGACAGCGUCUCUGGAUAUCUACCGUACUACACAUCUGAUGGAAGCUUCUCAAGUGAUCUUCCCAAGGAUUGUGGUGAGGUAUACAGCAGAGGACACAAGUCCAACGGCCUGUAUGCCAUUAGGCCAAACCAGUCACAAACAUUUCUUGUGAAUUGUGAAUUCACAGAGGAUGGAGCAUUUACUGUCAUCCAGCGCAGACAUGAUGGCUCUGUGGACUUUGACCAGUCCUGGGAGAAAUAUGAGGAUGGAUUUGGAGACUUCAGUAGUGAGUUCUGGCUGGGGCUAAAGAAGAUCUAUGCUAUUGCCCAUCAAGGAAACUCUCUCCUGCAUAUCCAGAUAGAGGACUGGAGGAAGGAAAAGCAUUUUGUGGUUUAUCAGUACAUCCUGGAGGACGCCCCCUCCAACUACACCAUCCACCUGAAGCUGCAGUCGGAUGAUGCGAGCACUGCCGUGGAUGAACACAUGGGCUUGAGGUUCUCCACUAAAGACCAUAAUGAUGGAAACCUUGAUCCAAACUGUGUCCAAGACUACACAGGUGGCUGGUGGUUUAGCCUUUGUGGGGACAUUAACCUGAAUGGCAAAUAUAUUCAGAGUAGACCUCGUAAAAAGGGAACCCACUGGAAACCUGGCAAGAAAACCAACAGCCUCAAGACCUCAAAAAUCUCCAUUCGUCAUCUCACAAAAUCACAAACCCCUUAAUAUCAGUAUAUGUGCAAAAAUACGCUAUGCUGCUGUUAAAAUGAUCAGACCUCCAAUACACAUACUAUACAUGUCAAACAGCUGCAUCUUGAUUUUUGUUAACUAGGUAGCCUCAGUAUAACAACAUUUUAAGCACUGUUUCAUAUUCAAGUAAGCACCUGUGAAUAAGUAUGAUAAAUCAAAGAUGGGACAUUUACUGUACACUAUCAUUAGGCAAAGUGUAUUGCACAUGAUUCAGUCUCUCCUGCAGUUAAUUACAUUGCAAUGUGUCCAACUAGGAAACCUUUAUUUAACUUUAUUUUAAGAACCGGUGUCUUUCAUGUGUUUGGGUGAGUCACAUUGACUUAAAAAUAUGCAAGUGCAAACACACAUGAGUAUUCAGUUUUUGCUUUGUGUAAAAAUUACGUAAGAAAUCAGAAAUUGUACACAGAAAAUGUUACUGCGAGGAAAUAAAUGUGUAUAGAUACAGCAA